UUUCCUACCCCUCAAGCAAAGAGUAAACCAUCAAACAUCGCAUCUCCUCCCAUUUCUUCGCAUUUGCCGGAGUUUAACGCCGCCGUUGCUGCGUCUCCUUUUUUAUAGACCUUCUACCUCCCGCCUCCACUGGAAGCAGCUCGAAGGAGUAGCAGCGCCGACUUAAGCAGGAGCAGCUGCCGCUGUCUUCCGCCGCCACGGACCACCAGUCACCGGAGGCGGCCGCUGCGCCUCAAGCCUAAUUUCUGCGCAGCUCUCUGUAUUAGAUACAUGACGCUACAUGCGAAUUGUUAGUGGUCGCCAAGAUAGCAAAGCUACUUGCUCUGAUGGUGGUGCACGUUUGAUGAAUAAUUUGAGAAAAUGUAUUUCUUCUGUUGGAUAUUCUGAAUUUAACAAGGAUAUAUGCAACUUUGAGAAGGUUCCAGUUUCAUUUUUCCACGGAAACUUGAGGAGGUACAGUGGUAAUUCGAGUCUUGAAAGUUUUUCUAGUAACACUCAUGAUGUUCUUCAAUCUAAAGGACUUCAGCAUUGGUUCAAGAAUUGGCAACACUUGAGAAAGAAUAAACUAACAGCAAGUACUUUUGCUUUGGCAAUUGGUUUCUGGCCUCGUGGACGGGCUAGAUUAUGGCUAGAGAAACUUGGAACAAUCGAGCCAUUCUCAGGUAAUUUAGCAACUUGUUGGAGCAACAUUAAGGAAGAGGUGGCGCUUGAACAAUAUAAGCUGUUAACUGGAAAUACAGUAUUGUAUCCUGAAUUCCAAGUGUAUGGAGAGAAGAACCCUGCCGAUAAUUGGCUUGCUGCUUCACCCGAUGGAGCUAUUGACAGUUACAUAUAUGAAUUGCCCAGCCAUGGGGUUCUUGAAAUUAAAUGCCCAUUCUUCGGUGGUGACAUGAGCAAAGCAGAGCCAUGGAAACGAGUGCCACUGCAUUAUAUCCCCCAAGCUCAAGGCUUGAUGGAGAUAUUGGAUCGAGAUUGGAUGGACAUGUAUGUCUGGACAGUCAAUGGCAGCAGUUUGCUUAGGAUACACCGCAAUUUGGAAUAUUGGGACACUAUGAAGAUAGCACUGUCUGAUUUCUGGUGGAAGCAUGUCCAACCAGCACAAGAGAUUUGCAGUAGAACAGUGAUCACAAAUCCACUGAUUGAACUAAGGUCAUUGAGACCAUCCCCUAAGCAUGAAUUACAUCGUCGCAUUGUGUAUGAGAGCAAACUCAUUGUCGACAACUCCGAGCUCUUGUGGUGGGAGAAGUUGAAAGGAAAACAAAAUUGUGUAAUCAGUUGGUGGAUUUCGACUGAUGUGUCACGCCCAUCCUAAAUUUAGUGAUGCUCUCAUAUGAACUGAAACAACAGGAAAGUUAAACAAUUGGCUGCAGAAUACUCUUAACUUGGAAUUAGAGCAGAUUAAGAUUGGCUGCGUUUGCAGUGCACUGAUAGAUUCUUGAGCUCAAUGCGCCAACGACUGCCUCUUAAGGAGUAGUAUUACAUUAGUUUUGCACGCAAUACUUAAAUUUGGGAUACAUCAUGUCAAAAGGAAUUCGCGAUAUUAGCGUGUAAAAUGGUGAAAUGAAUACUAAGAAAUUGGACUGACUUGAAUAUAUUUUUUUAUCAUUUAAAA